AUGAUUAAUAUCAUUAAAUCGUUUUUGAAAUUACUGAGACUAUUCAACCUUGUUUAUUAUCAUAUAGUUUGCAAUGAUAAGAUGAUUCCAUUAAAAGAUAACCAAGAUGUGGCAUCAUUCCUUGUCACGAAACACUCAUGGAAGGGGAAAUAUAAACGGGUGUUCUCUAUUGGCACCCACGGAAUUACAACUUACAACCCGGAUCGUUUGGAGGUGACCAACAAAUGGCUGUAUGCAGAUGUCGUCACUGUAACGUCAGCAAAGCAUUCAAAUUCUACUGCUAAUCAUGAUUUCACUCUAGUUAUGAAGAAAGAGAAGAAAGUAGACACUAUGAAGUUCUCCUCUGAACACAAGUGCCUGGUACUCACUGAAGCUUUUAAAUACAGAAAUUGUUUUGCUGAGAAACCCAAAGAUGUUUUUAGAUAUCAGGCCUACAAGCAUCACUGGAGUGGUACACGUCUUCCAAUAGUCCUAGAAGUUGGUCCUUGUGCAUUAGAUCAGCUGGAUCCUUCCACCCACACACUAUUGGCUAGCUAUCCAUACUGUGAUGUACAAGGCAUUUUACCUGUUCGUGAUGUACCAGGAGGCUUCGUCUUAGCAGUAGGAGGAUAUAGCCGCUUACACCUAUUCUCCAAUGCCAUGGACCAUCAGAUAAUCAUAAAUAAGAUGCUAGAAUUAGCAAACUUGACUUUGAGCAUAAGCAUCAAGGUCCUAUCCACAAUGAUUACUUUGGAUGAUUAUCAUAAUCAGAGAUUCGGGAAAUAUAGCGGUGACCAACAUCAGACAUCUCUAAGUGAGUUUAUUGUACAUAAAGUGAACCCUGCUCGUCAUAUGGAACCAAUGCGUCGUACUCUAUGUCUGUCUGACACUUGUAUACUAGAGAGGGAUCCACAGACUUAUUCUGUGGUUUGCUUGCGCCCGCUAAGCGACGUAUUCGCGUUAGUAAGAGACCCAGAACAUCCACAGAAAUUUUCUAUAGAAUACCUCAAUGGCCAAACGCGAACAUAUUUGGCUGGAGAAAGGGACGCCUUACUGGCGUCGCUCUUAGACGGCGUCCGGUCUGCCGGCCAGCGUGAUGUCCAUGUGCGUUCGGUACCAACCCCCCGAGGAUACCGGUUGGGUCCAUUACAUCAGCCAGUUGAAGAAGAAACAGAAUCCAAUCAUCUUAGAUUAUUCCAAAACCCGGUGGGCAUGUGUCGAACGGAGGUAAUAGAGAGAUUCAACGCGAACGUAGGCUACAGUGGCUUGAUAUAUUCCGUCAGCCAAGACCGUUUGUUCGCGGAAAACAAGGAGAAGUUAAUCACCGGCGCGUUGAACGCGCUCGUGAGCAGCGCGCCGUCGGGUAACAACUUGUCGCACCGCGAACUCGAGGCGCAGUUCCACGCGUUGAGGCGGCUCUGCGCCAGUAAAGUGGGCUUUGCUGCGUUUACUGCGCUGCCUGGUUUCCGCGAGUGGAUCGGCACGGCGACGGUGGCGGCGCUGCGGCGCGGCUCAACCGCGAGCGCGCACGCGGCGCUGGACGCGGUGUGCGCGCUGCUGCAGCCCAUGCACGCCGAGCCCGACUUGCGCCAGGAGCAGCUCAACAAGGCCAGCAUGCUCUCCUCCGCCACCUUCCUCGAGGGCCUGCUCAACAUGUGGGCGGACCACGUCACGGCAGGCAGUGGUGCAUUAAUAGUGGCAGCCAUGUUGGAUUUCUUAACGUUCGCGCUAUGUGUGCCAUACAGUGAAACAACAGAUGGAAAGCAGUUCGAUCAACUAUUAGAAAUGGUAUCAAAAAAAGGUCGAGUCCUAUUCAAGUUGUUUGAGCAUCCAUCCAUGGCCAUCGUGAAAGGGGCUGGUCUAGUGAUGCGUGCCUUGGUAGAAGAGGGAGGAGAAGGCGUGGGCUCCCGGAUGCAGACUCUUGCGUUAGCCGAGGCAGCGUUACCGAGACACUUACUCGCCGCUCUCUACGCCCCAGCGAGAUUACAUCACAGACAUUUAGCGAGACAUUUGGUAUCCUUGUGGCUUGUCGAUCAUGCGCCUGCGCAUUGCCUACUGAGGAGGAUCAUGCCGUCAGGUCUUCUGGCCUUCUUGGAGUCCACUGAAGUGCCUCCAGCAUCUGCAUUAGAAAGUGAGCCAGAGCGCGACAAUUUGCAGUUAGCACAGGCCAGCAUGAAACCUCGUGCUCAACACUGGGAAGCGCUUGAACGUCAAGUCAAAUACAUAGAAAAACAUGUAGAGCACUACGCUCAAUUAGCUCUCCAGCACUGGGCGGCGCGACUGGGUCGGCCGUCUGCUGAAAAAAGAGAUGCGGCUAAAGAUAGACCAGUACUCUUACGUAGAAGACGAGAGAGAGUGAAGUCAACGGCGAAUUGGCCACUAUUCUAUUACCAAUUCCAUAAGGACCACGCGCUACCUAAUCUUAUAUGGAACCAUACGACGCGAGAAGAACUACGAAACGCCUUAGAGAAUGAACUCCGUGCAUUCACAUCAGAUCGGGAAGUGGCUGGCACCACCUUAACGUCGUGGAAUCACGCAGAGUUAGAGGUUCACUACCAAUGUUUACAGAACGAGGUGAAGAUAGGUGACUACUAUCUCCGCAUAUUGCUGGAGCAACGGGACAAUGACGAUAGUCCCAUUAGGAAGUCAUACGAGUUCUUCAACGACUUAUAUCAUCGGUUUUUGUCGACACCGAAGAUAGAAAUGAAAUGCAUGUGUUUGCAAGCAAUGAGCAUUGUCUAUGGGAGGUACUUUGAAGACAUUGGGCCUUUCGCUGACACCAAAUACAUUGUGCAAAUGUUAGACAGAACGUGCGAUAGAAUGGAAAGAGACCGACUGGUGCAAUUUUUAUCGAAACUUAUCCUACAUAGAAGAAAUGUUAGCGAUAUAUUAGAAUGGAAUGGUAUUAGGAUUUUAGUAGAGUUAAUGACGUUAGCUCAUUUACACACAUCGCGGGCGACAGUCCCGGCCCAAAGCAAUGUCAUCGAGGGCCCGCGGGAGCAGCCCACGGGGGAUCGAGAGUGGUACUAUAACGUGGAACAAGGCGACAAGGUGCAGAGGAAGGGGCCUGUCAGCUUUCAACAGCUAAAAGACCUGUAUAAAUCAGGUGAGAUCAAUAAUAAGACAAAGUGCUGGGCGAACAGUAUGGAAGGGUGGAGGGCGGUAGGCGGCGUCGCUCAGCUCAAGUGGACGUUGACCUCUCGCGGCACUCCCGUUUUGGACGAGAGUGCACUAGCUGCUACUAUACUGGAUUUGCUCAUUACUUGUUGCAGAUAUUAUCCAAGCAGAGACGAAGAAGAUGCAGUAAUACGACCGCUACCAAAAGUAAAGAGGCUUUUAUCAGAACCGGCUUGUUUGGCGCAUGUCGUACAAUUAUUACUUACCUUUGACCCCAUAUUAGUAGAAAAGGUAGCAACACUUUUAUACGAAGUAAUGCAAGACAAUCCUGAAAUCUCAAAACUGUACCUGACCGGCGUGUUCUACUUCAUGUUACUAUACACUGGAUCAAACUUACUCCCCAUUGCGAGGUUCUUGCGACUGACACACAUGAAACAGGCGUUUAGAGCUGAUACGUCUAGUUCAGACAUAAUGCAGCGUUCAAUCUUGGGUCAGCUGCUACCAGAAGCUAUGGUGUGCUACUUAGAGAAUCAUGGCGCCGACAAAUUUGCGCAAAUAUUCCUCGGCGAGUGGGAUACACCAGAGGCUAUUUGGAAUUCUGAGAUGAGGCGCAUGCUGAUAAUGAAGGUGUCGGCGCACAUCGGCGAGUUCACGCCGCGGCUGCGCGCGCACAUCGCGGCGCGCUACCCGUACCUGGCCAUCCCCGCCGUGUGCUACCCGCAGCUGCAGCACGAGCUCUUCUGCAACAUGUUCUACCUCCGCCAUCUGUGCGACACGCUCAAGUUCCCCGACUGGCCCAUACCGGAUCCGGUGGGUCUGCUGAAAGACGUCCUAGAAGCUUGGCGGCGCGAAGUGGAGAAGAAGCCCCCGUCCAUGACGGCGGGCGAGGCGUACGCCGCGUUGGGGCUGGCGUCGGGCCAGCACGACGAGGCGGCCGUCAGGAAGGCCUACUACCGCCUGGCGCAGCAGUUCCACCCCGACAAGAACCCCGAGGGACGGGAUCGCUUCGAAGCUGUAAACCAAGCAUACGAGUUCCUGUGCAGUCGCAACGUCUGGACGGGCGAUGGACCCAAUACCAACAAUAUUGUGCUCAUAUUGCGCACACAGACUAUACUAUUCCAGAGGUAUUCGGAAGUUUUGGCGCCAUACAAAUACGCGGGUUACCCGCAGCUACUCAGCACGGCUCGAUUGGAAGCGGAGGCGGAACAGCUGUUCGCAGCGCGAGAUGCGGCACCGCUACUGCCCGCCGCCUGCGAGCUCGCGCACGCCACCGUACGCUGCUCGGCGCUCAAUGCGGAGGAGCUGCGGCGCGAGGGAGGGUUACAGGUGUUGCAUGAGGCGAUGUCGCGCUGCGUGCCGGUGCUGUCGGAGGCGAGCAAGGCCAGCGACAUGAGCGCUCUGGUGUGCGGCCACGCGGCGCGCUGCUUCGCCGUGGCGGCCGCCUUCCCCGCCUGCCGCGCCGUCUGCGCAGACAUGCCGCAGCUCUGCGCUGACCUCGUGCCGCUCAUCAGGAGACCGCAUUUGGGUGAGACGGCGUGCGCGGGCGCAGCGGCGGUGGCGGCGCUAGCGGCGGAGGAGGCGUGCCGCUCGCAACUCGCCCGCGCUGGGGCCCUGCAGGCGCUGCUGCCCGCCGCCCUGCGCUACGACUACACGCUCGCCGAGUCGGGCGUCGAAACCGAUGGCAACGUCAACAAGCAGGAAAUAGCAAACCAACUAGCAAAACAGUGUGUGAUGGCGCUAGCGGCGAUGUACGGGCCGCACGCGAGCUCCUCAGAGAUGGACAAUCGUAUCCGCAGCGCGCUACAUACCUUGCUCACGCCAUAUCUCUGCAGUCGACUUGCCGAACCCGACCAGCACGAGUUAUUGAAAACACUCACAUCGAACUGGCGCACGCCUUACCUGGUAUGGGACAACAGUACCCGAGCGGAACUUAAGGAUGUGUUGCGUAACUGUCGCGCGACUCUGGACGACGAGGAGGCACCGCUCGUCGAACCGUUCACAUACUCAGCGCACGAGGGACUUGUGUCUGUCGGACUAGUAUACAUCGAUAUUUAUAAUGAGCAGCCCGACUUUCCUAUUGAGAAUCCACAACAGUUUAUACUCGAACUUCUGAAAUUUAUACAAGAUCAGACACAGGGCGACUUGACCACGGAGAGAGUGACCCACGUGACGUAUGCACUUACAUCUUUGGCCAACGUUAUUAUCAAGAACCCUGGCGUAGAGAUCCAAUGCAUCGGUCAGUUCGGAUUGAUCUUCGGGCUGCUGUCGGCGCGCGCGCACCCCUCGCUGCAGCAGGCGGCGCUGCGCGUGGUGGUGGCGGCGGGCGGCAGCCGUGAGUGUGUGGAGGACGUGGCCGCGUCGCACGUGCUGGGCCAUCUACUGGCGCUGCUGGGCGCGCGCCCCCCUCCGCCCGACAUAGUGCCCGCCGUGGCCGCGCUGCUCGCCAACACCGCGCUCGUCAAGGAGGCGCUCACUAAAGGUGCUGUUAUAUACCUAUUAGAUUUAUUCUGCAAUAGUAAGAUACCAGAGACGAGAGAAGCGGCAGUGGAACUGCUCGCACGAAUGAUGGCUGACAAGUUACAUGGACCUAAGGUGCGGCUGACAAUCUCGCGCUACAUCCCGGGCGUGUUCGCGGAGGCGAUGCGCGAGUCGGCGCCGGCCAGCGCCGUGCACAUGUUCGACGCGCAGCACGAGCACCCCGAGCUCGUGUGGAGCGACGACACGCGCACGCGCCUCGCCGCGCACGUCGCGCAGCUCCGGGACAAACAUCAAAGCGAUCAACUUCGCGACGCAAACGUUGUGUUCGAAGAUCGAGAAACAAUAGAGCGGUGUGCGGCCGGAGAACAAACGUGGGCCCCUCCCGGAGAAGUGGUCGUCGACGGAGUGUACCUCAAGCUUUAUCUUCAGAACCCUCACUGGAACCUAAGAAGUCCUAAGAGGUUCCUACAGGAGUUACUGACGGAAACUGUUACAUCGCUCAACAAGGACUCUUCAGAGGGUAGCCGAGGCGAGACGUGCGCGCGCGCACUGUGCGCGGUGCUGACGUCGCGGCCGGCGCUGGGCGACACGUGCGCGCAGCUGGGCGAGCUGCCGCGCCUGGCGCGCCUGCUGGCCGUGGCGCCGCGCCUGGCCGUGCCCAUCAUCGCCGCGCUCGCCGUGUCUCAGGCAUGCGUGGUAGCAUUAUCACAAACAGACGUGAUGUCAGGUCUGAAAACGGCGGUGAAAUCAUGUCGAGAGAUAGUUGGAUGUGCAUGUGAAGCGUUAUCGAGCAUAUUUUCCAGUAAUGCUAACACAGACAGACUAGUAUUACAGGCGUUGGAGACGGACCUGAUAGGCGAGCUGCUGGCGCUGCUGGAGACGCGGCUGGACGGCAGCGCGGCGGCGCAGCUGGUGCAGGCGCUGAAGGCGAUGUGCCGCUCCGUGGCGCACGGCGAGCGCGUGCGCGGCGUGCUGGCCAAGUCGCCCGUCUGGGAGCACUACGCCGCGCAGCGACACGACCUCUUCAUCACCGCCGCGCCGCACCACAACUCGCUCACUGCGGCCCCUCACACGGCGGGCUACCUGACGGCGGCGCCCGUCAACAUCCCGGCGCAGCCGCCGCCCAUCGACUGA